AUGGACAAGAAGUCUUCCACCAGGAAAGGUCCAGAUUUCUGUUCCUUACGCUAUGGACUGGCUCUCAUCAUGCACUUCUCAAAUUUCACCAUGAUAACCCAGCGUGUGAGUCUAAGCAUUGCAAUCAUUGCCAUGGUGAACAGCACUCAGCAGCAUGGUCUGCCCAAUGCCUCCACAGAAAGACCUCCUGCAGACACUCUCAACAACCCCAGCAGAUCCAUGAAGGAAUUUAAUACAGGGGCCUCUGUAUAUGAAUGGAGCCCAGAGACUCAGGGUAUCAUCUUUAGCUCCAUCAGCUAUGGGAUAAUAGUGACUCUGAUCCCAAGUGGAUAUUUAGCAGGGAUAUUUCGAGCAAAGCAGAUGCUUGGUGCUGGUCUGCUGAUCUCCUCUCUUCUCACCCUCUUUACGCCGUUGGCUGCUGACUUCGGAGUGAUUUUGGUUAUUGUGAUUCGGACAAUCCAGGGCAUGGCCCAGGGAAUGGCAUGGACAGGUCAGUUUACAAUUUGGGCCAAGUGGGCUCCCCCACUUGAACGAAGCAAGCUCACCAGCAUUGCGGGCUCAGGGGCAGCGUUUGGGUCCUUCAUCAUCCUCUGCGUGGGGGGACUAAUCUCACAGGCCUUGGGCUGGCCUUUUAUCUUCUACAUCUUUGGUAGCAUUGGCUGUGUCUGCUGUCUCUUGUGGUUCACGGUGAUUUAUGAUGACCCCAUGCAUCACCCAUGCAUAAGCGUCCGGGAAAAGGACUACAUUGUGGCCUCACUGGCUCAACAGUCCAGUUCUCCCAGACGAUCUGUCCCCAUAAAGGCUAUGGUCAGAUGCCUACCACUUUGGGCCAUUUUCACGGGGUUUUUCAGCCAUUUCUGGUUAUGCACCAUAAUCAUAACAUACCUGCCGACGUACAUCAGCUCUGUGCUCCACGUGAACAUCAGAGAUAGUGGGGUUCUGUCCUCCCUGCCCUUCAUUGCUGCUUCGAGUUGUACGAUUCUAGGAGGCCAGUUGGCAGAUUUCCUCCUGUCCAGGAACCUUCUCAGAUUAAUCACUGUACGAAAACUCUUCUCAUCCCUAGGGCUCCUCCUUCCAUCGCUAUGUGCCAUGGCCUUGCCCUUUGUGGCUUCUAGUUACGUGACAACCAUUAUUUUGCUGAUACUCAUUCCUGGAACCAGCAACCUGUGUGAUUCGGGGUUCAUCAUCAACACCUUAGAUGUCGCCCCCAGGUAUGCAAGCUUCCUCAUGGGAAUCUCAAGGGGAUUUGGGCUCAUCGCAGGAAUCAUCUCCUCCACGGCCACCGGAUUCCUUAUCAGUCAGGAUUCUGUGUCUGGAUGGAGGAAUGUCUUUUUCCUGUCUGCUGCCGUCAACAUGUUUGGCAUGUUUUUUUACAUCACAUUUGGACAAGUAGAAAUCCAGGACUGGGCCAAAGAGAAGACCCUCACCCGCCUCUGAGGAUACUGAAUUACAAACUGAAAUGCAGUGCUGACCGUUAACUUUUGCGACGUUUUUUACGUGUCAUCAUUCUUCAUAUUCUUGGCCAUAGGCUCAGCGGUUCUCAACUCUGGCUGCGUGUUGGAUUUCCUGGGGAGUCUCUAAACCACACGGAUGAUGGGGCCGCCCGCAGAGACUCUGAAUGAACUGGUCUGAGGGAGAGCCAGGGUGCCACAGGUUGUUAGACACGCAGCAGGGUUUCUAGCAUGCAGCCAGGGUCGACAGCUGCCGGACACACUGGAAACGCCAAUUCCGGUUGCCUUUGAAGUUUCCUCUUUGGAAAGUACUGGAUGAAUAAAAAUCUAUGUGAAAAUAAUCACUGAUAAGUACCUUCAUGGGGGUGAUUAUGGACACAGAGAAGACCUGCUAGGAGCUGUAGUCAUGCGUUAUAGAGCUCAGCAUGGAACAGAAAUUUAAGGCUGUAAUCCACAGAAUUAACUUUUUUAUUAUUUGUAUACAUUGUGUGAAACAUGGAUGUUUAUUUAUGUGGCUAAAUUCUAUUAAA